AUGAAGCAGUGGAAGAAGAACUUUGGGCUGGCGCAGCGCGCGAUGACGCUGCCGCCGGACACAGCAGGCAUCGGCACGCGGGAAGAGUCAGCAGCACGGCGAAAAUGCGGAAAGGAUGGUCAAGAAGACGACGGAAGGGGAGAGUCAGAAGGUUGCCCUACGUGGUGGCCGGGAAGAUCAUCCACCCGAGUAUGGUGGUGUCCAGCACCCAACGAAGGAAGGAAGAGAGCGGCGCAGCGCGAUGAUGAAGAAGAAAUCAGGGAGGAGAUCGACCUGACGCAAGCGGAUAGCGACGACAAGGAACCAGCCAACGGAACGCGGGACUGGAUACUGCAGAAAUACAAAGUGGGGCAUCAGAUGACACGCACGGGAAUCGGUGUGGUGGCGACGCGGCCCAUACCAGCAGGAGAUGUGGUCUGCCAAUAUUAG